GUCCUGAAUGCAAGAUGUUGGCAUGAAGAAUCGUCACAGCUUCCCGGAGCCUCCCCAGCUAACAACAGACCUCGCGGCCGCAGCCGUUGCCCCAGGAUGCCUCACGUCUGCCUGAAGCCAGCCCUGGAGAACCAGCUGCUGGUGCUAGGGGUUUUGUUUCGUGCCUUGAAGGACUUGCUGCUGGUGCUCCUGCUUUUUAUUUAUUUAUUUAUUUAAAUCGAGCCGGCCGUACCCUGUCCCUGCCACCAUGGCGCAGUCCAAGGCCAACGGCUCCCACUACGCGCUGACAGCCAUCGGCCUGGGGAUGCUGGUCCUCGGGGUCAUCAUGGCCAUGUGGAACCUGGUGCCGGGGUUCAGCACCACGGAAAAGCCCACCGCUCAAGGGAACAAGACUGAGAUCGGCAGCGGCAUUCUCAAGAGCAAGACCUUCUCCGUGGCCUACGUCCUGGUGGGGGCCGGGGUCAUGCUGCUGCUGCUGUCCAUCUGCCUGAGCAUCCGCGACAAGAGGAAGCAGCGGCAGGGCGAGGAGCUGGCGCACAUCCAGCGGCAGGCCGGGGCCGAGCCGCACACGCAGGAGGAAGACAGCCAGGAAGAGGCGGAAGCGGUCUCCUCACGGUACUACGUCCCCAGCUACGAGGAGGUGAUGAACACUAACUACUCGGGGGCGGAGGCCAGGGACCGGGACCCGAACCCCAGGAUGAGCAUCUCGCUCCCGUCCUACGAGUCCUUGACGGGGCUGGACGAGAGCACCCCCACGGCCCCCGCAGCCGCGGAUCCCAGCCGGGGCAGCGCGCCCGACAGGCAGAACUCCAAGCUGGCCAAGCGCCUGAAGCCGCUCAAAGUGCGCAGGAUUAAGUCCGAAAAGCUGCACCUCAAAGACUUUCGGAUCAACCUCCCGGACAAAAACGCCCCCCCGCCCUCCAUAGAGCCUCUGACUCCCCCGCCACAGUACGAGGAGGCCCAGGACAGAGCCCCCGACUCGCGGCCCCCGGACUGAACCCCCGCCGCCCGCACCUUCCCUCCCGCCGCUCACGCUCCGCACCAACAGGCCCCCCACGAAGCCACUUCAGCCACAGCUGAGCCGAGGAAGAACCGUGCACACUGGCAUGGGUGGGGCCGAGGCAGGCGGCUGGGCGGAGCCUCUUGUGUCUGCAGACCUCCAGCUGGAGAGAAGCCCAGGGGCCGUGGGACUGUGGCCCUUCGGGUGCAGAGCAGCGAUUUGCCCCUUGCCCUUCCUCAACUCCCAGUGGCGCCCCGGCCUCCCUCCAGCCGGGAUGGGGUCCUCAGCAAAGGGUCAAGCCAGUGGACGGCUGUGCUUGUCUUGCUUUAUCCCUGCCGCCCCCGGCGGUGGGCAGUGACCGGCUCUGUGGGAGGCUCCGGCCACAGUGUGGAUGAAGGGAGACAGGAGUGGACAGUAGGUGAGGCCAGUGGCUCUUUGAAAGGCCAAGGCUCACAAUGGCCAGUUAGUUGGGUCCAGGGGUCCAUGUUGCUAGUCUCUCCCGCGUCACGGUGGAAAAGGAAAGCUGUGUGAGACACUCUGUACCUUCUCAAAGGCCGUGCAGCUGAGCUUUUGAUAAUAAAAUAUUUUCUAUGUCCUGUACGUGGGUCCUGAGUUGGUUGGCCGCUCUUGCAGCAUGGCCUGACUUAGGGGGAAUGGUCAGCAGGAAUGGCAUGAUGUGUCCAGAGCACACAGUUGUGCCAGGCACUGCGCUAGGCACUUCGGGGCAUCACCCCAUCCGUCGGUGCCCGUGGCUGGAAGCUGGGCUUACAAAGCGCCCCAUGUCUGCCACACCACGGGUAAGUGGCAGAGCUGGGAUUUGAACCCAGGCUGCUGGUUCCAGGGCCUGAGUUCUUCAACACGGCUGUGCCACUCAAGGUGGCGGCAACUGGGGUUCAUGUUCCCAUCCGCACUUGUGCCCAAGAGGAAGUCCUGGUGGGAUGGAGGGCAGCACUCGGCAAGAGAAAGGGGCAGUCUGGGUUGGAGGGUGGAGGGAAGCGGGAGACAGACCUGGGCCCAGACUGUCCCUUCCUGCCUGGGCCCGCGGAUGCAGCCUGCCUGAGUCUGCCUGGCCAGGAACGUGGCUGGAGCGUCAACUAGGGCCCCAGAUGUUUCCUGAAAAGCUCCCCUGGGAGGAGAGGGCAGCCGCUGGGUAGGGAAUCGCCCGACAGGUGCCUCACGUUCUAACCCUCCGCUUUCUCAGUGCAAAUCCAGAUACAGCGAGGGGAGCAGCGGCCGGCGGGGCGUGUGGGGCCGGGGCUGGCCUGGCCCCACCCGGGUUCUCCGGGCAGUUCUCUGGCCUGGGCUUCUGUUACUCUUGGUGAGGUGGGACCCAUGGGAAGCCUAAAGGGGGCAGUGGGGAGAGAAGAAAGCGAAUUGCAAAGUUCCAAAUGUAGUAAGGUCAUAACUGUUGCAGAGAAGUGACUUUCUAAAGGGGCUCUUUCAGCAUUUAUAUUAAUUAAUAAUAUGUCAAUAAAACAAAACAACAAA